GGGAGACCCCUGUGAUCUUCAUGCGCCGAGUCUUGAAGCAAUGUCGAUAGACUUGGCAGCAAUUCUUCCCAUCCUUAGCUCCUCUCAAGAGGUCGCGGCAGUCGAUAACAUAGCAGGUCCAAGACUGCUCCCGUGUCCCUCACAGGCUUGAUCAAUAGCUAGGCUGAUUGCAACCUCACAAUCAUACUCACCUGCUUGAAACAGCUGCAGUUCACGAAUCACGAGCUUCCCUCGCUUUGCUGCUGUGCCUUUCGCCGGGGAAAGUAUAAUUCACCAGACCUCUCGCUGUGAUGGGAUCAGCGUGCUUCCCUGUGACCUCCCCCUCCACUCCCUCAAUUUAUUUAUUUAUAUACCUCCUACCCCGCUAUUGACUGCCCACUUUCUGUGCAACACCAUUACACCCGCAGUCAACCUCGACACAAGCACACCAGCAUGGCUGGAGCCGCCGCCCAAAAUGUGCCAGACAUGGCCAUGAGCAAUGAGCCCGCGAUCAGCGCCACCAUGUUCGAAGCCAGCGAGAAGGAAGCGCUGGCCGCAGCCGAUCGUAGGAGCAGCAGUCUCGCCGGACCCCCGGCUCCAGUCGAGUUCGAAGCCGACUUAGAGGGUGAGGAGCCUACCGAGGAAGACCUGCGCACGCUUCCCCGUAUUUCGGGCAAGAUCCCGUGGACUGCAUACACUAUUGCCAUCGUCGAGAUGUGCGAGCGGUUUGGUUACUAUGGAUGCCAAGUGUUGUACACCAACUUCGUUCAGCAGCCGUUACCACCAGGCCACCCGACUGGAAAGGAUCCCAGCGCCGAGGGCCAGCCUGGUGCUCUCGGUAUGGGACAGCGCGCGUCUUUUGGUAUCGGUACUUUCAACUCUUUCUGGGCUUACUCGACUCCCAUCAUUGGUGCUAUCAUUGCGGAUGAAUAUCUUGGUCGCUUCAACACCAUCUUCAUUGCCCUCGCCUUCUCCAUCAUUGGCCACAUUCUCUUAGUCAUCUCUGCUCUACCAACAGUGCUUGCCAGCGGCAAGGCGAUCGCCCCCUUCAUUCUCGGUGUCAUCAUCCUCGGCUUCGGAACGGGGGCUUUCAAGGCCAACAUCUCUCCCCUGAUCGCCGAGCAGUACAGGCAGACGAAGCUAAGGGUUAUUCGGGACCCAAAGACUGGCGAGCGCGUUAUUUCGGACCCCAACAUUACUCUUUCCCGAAUCUUCUUGUACUUCUACAUGAUGAUUAACGUCGGCUCACUUACCGGCCAGAUCGGCAUGGUGUACGUCGAGAAAUACGUUGGCUUUUGGUGUGCGUUCCUUCUGCCAACCAUUCUCUUCUGCGGCUGCCCGCUCGUCCUCUGGUUCUGCCGCCACAAGUACCACCGCAGCCCACCUACCGGAUCCGUGCUUAUCCGCGCUAUCAAGCUUUGGUUCCUUGCGCAAAAGGGCAAUUGGUCCAUCAACCCCGUCCAAACCCGCAAGAAUUUCAAGAACGUGCAUUUCUGGGAGGAUGUCAAGCCGAGCAAGCUCGGGGAUAGCAAGCCGAAGUGGAUGCAGUUUGACGAUGCCUGGGUUGAUCAAGUCGCUCGUGGUCUUCGUGCCUGCUCUUGUUUCACCUGGAUUCCACUCUACUGGCUCGCCUACAACCAGAUGAACAACAAUUUGACUUCGCAAGCCGCGACCCUCACCCGCAACGGUGUCCCCAACGACGUCAUCACCAACCUCAACCCCAUCUCCUUGGUCAUCUUCAUCCCUAUCGUCGACAACUUCCUCUAUCCCGCUCUGCGCAAAGCCAACAUCCGCUUCACCCCCAUCAAGCGCAUUGCCUUAGGCUUCGGACUCGCCUCUCUGGCCAUGAUCUCCGCAACUAUCAUCCAGUACUACAUCUACAAGCUGGGUCCAUGCGGAAAGCACAUGAAUAAAUGCGACGACCCAGCCCCCAUCAAUGUCUGGGUACAAACUGCGCCGUACGUUCUUAUCGGCUUCUCCGAGAUCUUCACCUCCAUUACCGGUCUCGAAUUCGCCUUCACCAAGGCGCCGAAAAACAUGCGGUCGCUGGUUACCUCAUAUUGGCACUUCAUGUCCGCUUUUUCCAACGCCAUUGGUCAGGCGCUUGUCUCCUUGUCGGAAGAUCCACUUCUCGUCUGGAAUUACGGUGUUGUUGCGAUCCUGGCAGCGGUUGGUGGCAUCCUUUUCUGGUUCCACCAGCGUCCGACGGAUAAGAAGGAGGAUAUCCUUAACAUGCUGCCCGAUAGCAACUAUAUUGGUAAGGACAGAAGGCACAGCAUAUCUGACGAUCACCACUCUGUCUAGAUGGUGCUGUGGAGGCUAGAAUUAGGUGCGGUG